AAUUUCUUCUUUGUAGAAUCCCAUUGUUUUUCCACUUUCUUCGUUUGGAAAUUAGCAAAAUAGAAAGAAGAAAAAGGAAAAGCAAUGGCUUUCCACAUGAAUAAAAAAUUUCUUGUCAUUUCCCUUUCUUUCUUCCUAAUUUCAUCUGAAGCAAAUCCCAUCUCUCAUGUUUCCUAUAUCUCUUCAACCCCAGACGUGUCACCAGUUGCUUCACCAACAGAAACUGCGGAUGUUGAUGCCAGUAAUUCUAACGGAGCGUCUGUGAAGAAUCUUGUUGGUAGCCUGAUGGUUUCCUCGAUUUCUAAGACAGAGGAUUUUGUUAACAAAGUAGUGGAAAAGCGGUUGGCUAAGAUUGUGGACGCUUACAAAAAAGAUUGUCUUGAGACAUGCAGGGAGGUGUACGAAGAUGCUGUUGAUGCCAUGAAAGAGACUUUGGAAGACGUAAAUGAAGGAAACUAUUACAAAGCCAAUGUUGAUGUGAGUACAAUGUCCUCAAACAUGGAGACAUGCAAGGAAUGUGUCAAUGCUAUUUAUGGUCAGGAUCCUGAGUUCACCAAGUUCGAUAAUUGGGCACAUGCCAUUAUUGAAGAUGCCUUAACUAGAAUCACUAGCGUCAGCAGUUAAAAAACAUUGUAAUGCCUGCUCUUUUGCUAUUUUGGAUGAAUUUUGAUAACCUGACCAACGAGGCGAUUUUGUCACAUGUAAUUUUAAUUUGUACAAUUAAAAUUCUCUUUUAUUUGGUCGUUUUCUCUUAUCUCUACAAACGAAUUCA